AUGGGGAAGCAGCAGGAGGGGAAGCGGCGCCGCGGGAAAAAGGACGGGAAGCGGAAAGGGACGGGGAAGGCGGCGGCGGCGGCGGUGACGGUGCCGGAGGACGCGGCGCCAGUGACCGGGUGCUGGAUCCGCUUCCCGCGCCUCCGCGGCUGCAUGUCGUCGCGCGCCAAGGUCGACUCCUCCACCAGCGCGCGUGGCGGCGGCGGCGGCGAAACCAAACCAGCAACUGAUGAUGCUUGCCAGGACCAAUCAAUCCCACCAGCCUCUGGUUCCACAACAACCAGUAACACUGGAAGUAUCUCACCUUCUUCCAUAGUUGGAGAGGAGCUAAAACUAGCUUUCCAACUGCGUAGAUUUACUUUUAGCAAACUGAAGUGUGCCACGAGAAACUUCCGACCUGAGAGUCUUCUUGGUGAGGGAGGUUUUGGCUGUGUCUUUAAAGGAUGGAUUGAGGAGAAUGGAACUGCUCCUGUUAAGGCAGGCACUGGAUUAACUGUUGCUGUCAAGACACUUAACCAUGAUGGGUUGCAGGGGCAUAAAGAGUGGGUGGCAGAAGUUGAUUUUCUUGGAAACCUUCAGCAUCCACAUCUAGUGAAAUUGGUUGGCUACUGCAUUGAAGAUGACCAAAGGUUGCUUGUGUACGAAUUUAUGCCCCGUGGAAGUUUGGAGAAUCAUCUUUUUAGAAAGUCAUUGCCUCUCCCAUGGGCCAUUAGAAUGAAAAUUGCUCUUGGUGCUGCCAAAGGCCUUGCUUUUCUUCAUGAAGAAGCUGAAAGACCAGUAAUAUAUCGGGACUUCAAAACAUCCAAUAUUCUUUUAGAUGCGGACUAUAACGCAAAACUCUCUGAUUUUGGACUUGCUAAAGAUGGCCCUGAGGGUGAUAAAACGCAUGUGUCAACUAGGGUCAUGGGAACAUAUGGAUAUGCUGCGCCUGAAUAUGUAAUGACAGGUCACCUGACAUCAAAGAGUGAUGUAUAUAGCUUUGGUGUGGUACUACUAGAGAUGAUGACUGGUAGAAGGUCAAUGGACAAGAACAGGCCAAAUGGAGAACACAACCUGGUUGAAUGGGCACGCCCUUAUCUGGGAGAAAGACGCAGAUUCUAUAAGCUUGUAGAUCCACGUCUGGAUGGGAACUUCUCCAUAAAAGGUGCUCAGAAGACUGCUCAGCUGGCCCAUGCCUGCCUCAGCCGUGACCCCAAGGCUAGGCCUCUGAUGAGCCAAGUGGUGGAGGUUCUGAAGCCUCUCCAGAAUCUCAAGGACAUGGCCAGCUCUUCCUACUUCUUCCAGUCCAUGCAACAUGAGCGGCGCACAGCCCUUGCCAACCCACAUGGCAGUCAAAGCAUGAAAGCGCAGAGCACCUUUGCGCGGAACGGGCAGCAGUCCAUGAGGAGCCUCUCGUAUGGCCCUCAUGCUUCCCCGUAUCGCCAGUCGCCAAGGCUUGACAGCAAGCGGCAAUGA